AUGCCCGCCCCUUCCCAGCUUCACACGGCUAUCGCGGCCAUGCAUACCAUGGUGGCCAAGUAUGGUGCAGACUUCCCCUCUCGGCCAGAGAAUAUGUUCGACCCUCCGUCGGGUGACAUUGUAUUCGUUACGGGCACAACUGGUAGCUUGGGCUGCUAUCUCCUCGAGGCACUCGCGACAGACCCAAGCAUCGCUCGGGUUUAUGCUUUCAACAGGCCCUCAAAGAAGGGUGUUUCCUUGUCCGAGAGACAAAAUUCGGAGCUAGGAGAUCGUGGGAUCGAUACGCGCAUUUUGCGGUUGAAGAAGGUUGUACUACUGGAGGGAGAUCUAACCAAGCCUGCUUGGGGGCUCCCGGUGCACGUCUACGAAGAGCUCCAUCGAUCUGUAACUCACAUCAUCCACAACGCCUGGCGCGUCAAUCUCGUCUCUCCGCUAUCUAUCUUCGAGCCCAAUAUCAAGGGUCUCCGCUUUCCUCGGGCGCUCUAUAUGGCGGGUGUCUUCCGUUAUCGUAUUGCACUUAUACUCGCUUACCGCGCCCGUCUUUUUCCAGACGCCCCACCCGAGGAAGUCGUACUUGAGACGCCAUUGCCUCCUUCUUACGCUGCUGGAAGGGGGUACUGCCAGUCCAAAUGGAUCGCGGAGGAGAUUUUGCACGCGGCUGCAAAAGUCACCGCAAUCGACCCACUCAUUGUGCGCGUCGGCACGAUAUGCGCUGGGCCCAGCGGUGUGUGGAACCCAAUAGACUGGGUCCCCGCAAUGGUGCUGAGCUCCUCAGACCUUGGGUGUCUCCCGGAUGAAGAGAGGGUAAAUAAUUCUAGUCUGUCGCAUGUCUACCGCAAUAACACAACUGAUGCCGACUCGCAGAGCGUGGAUUGGGUCCAGUUCGACGUCGCAGCUCGCGCGUUGGUUGAAUUGCGCGGUGCGUCCAACAACACGCGCACGAUGCACGUCGUGCACCCCCGUCCCGCCCUGUGGCGCACCAUUGUUGCUGUUCUCGCGCAGGAGCUCGCCCUCCCGAUCGUACCGCUGAAGCAAUGGCUCGCACUGAACCAACCCUCUGGGAGCUCGGCGCCGGCUCAGUCGACGUCUGAGAAGCUGGCGAUCGUGCGAGCGGCCCGGACAGCGAAUAGCGCGAUGGCGUUUGGGUGGAGUGGGAUGGACACAGCGCGAGCAUGUGAAGCGUCCUCGACGAUGGCGGACCCGCAUAUCAGAAAGGUGGGCGUGGAGGACGUCAAGCAGUGGGUGGCAUAUUGGCGCAGAAUCGGUUUUUUGAAACCAGCAGCGGAACAGUCGUCGCUUGCAAGGCUCUGA